AAACAAACCAAUUUCAACUACAAUUGUUGCACAAAAGAAACCGCUUCCAAGCGUCUGUUAUACAAAUCUUUGCUUGUGAUUGGAUUAUUUUCGUAGCACAGAAAAUUCAAAAGUUCGUACUCGAGAUUUUCUACUCCUACCACUUUACUGUCAUGCUGUUGGCCAGAGGAUUAUGAGGUGCGACUUUUUUGAUGUGCUGUUUGACAACGAAGUAUCUGGAAAAAUCGCAUUUAAUGUCGCACUGCGUUAUUUUCUGCAUACUCGUACCGCCGAUCCCUCCGAAGAAAGCAACCACGGCGGUGCAAUACGAGUACGCGUACGAGUACUUACGGUAUCUUUUGCUUGCCAUUGAAAGUUUGAACCGAAAACGACAUUGCACUGCACCCCAAACCUGAAAAAGAACGGUUACCGUAGGUUCCGUUCCGAAGCAUCCUUCAUUACCACUUCGCACUCCAAAGACUGAAGGGUACGAUAAUACUACGAUACCGCGUUUUGCCGCAUACAUCACAUGAAGGCAGCGACGUCGACUGCUUGGAAGUAAGGUAUAUCCACUACAGUAUUCCAAACAGCCAGUGCUCGAACCGCAGUCCAAUAAAAUCGGAUCGAAACGCAACACAAACACAAACACUACGGCUGCGAAUCAAUCAUGGCCCUGUUUCGGAAAGGAAGACAGAACGACGCCCCUCCAAGGGUGAUCCACAUCACCGCGAACGUGAACUCGGAGGAACCGAGAGGGGGCAGUGGCAACGGCAACGGCAAUCGCCACAAGGGCAUCCUCCAAACCCCAACGAAAACGAGCGGAGUCCCGUGCGGAAUCUUGAAGCCAUCGUCGUAUCACCGCAGGGGAGCCUCUUCGGACAAGAACAAAAGCAACAGCGACAGCAGCAACACGCCAUCGACCGUUCACACCACCUGGACCAAUGACAGCAACUCGAGCAGCACCAGUACCAGCAGCGAUUCAACGGAAACCCGUUCCCUGGACCGCAUCAUCUGCAACCUCCACGCCAAGCACGGUAGCACGGAUGGGUCUAGCCAGUCUUCGUCCUCCGCGCGAGGCAACAGCUCCCAUCUACCGCCGCCAUCAGCUACCAACACCAUCACCGCCACCACGCCUAGGGAACAAAAACUUAGGGAGGCGCGAAUCCGACACAUCGAAGACCUCAACGAGCGCAUCAAGGCCGCAAAGGCCCGGAAACUUGUAGAGCGAAAGGCCUACCGGAGGGAGGACCGUUUGCUCCUCAAGCUUGCUCGGGAGCUCAAAGUUGCCUCAAAGAAACUCCACUCGAGGGCCCUGGACAUAAAGCAGGUACGUGCGAUAGAAAAAACAAUGGAUGUAUGCAUCUGUGACGCAUUAUGUAUUUCGCGAGGGGAAUGCUUUGCAUCGUAUUGGGUUGUAGUUCCGCGACGUAUUCAAUCGAAGUAUCGAAAUAGGCUUCAUUCGUCUCAACUAACGUCUUCUUGCUCGUUUUUUCACAUCUCUUUCGGUCUUUUCCGUGUACUUCAUUCGUUUCAAUCGUUGUGCAAAAAAUCCAUUCCUGAUGGUUGUUCUAGGUCGAGGAGUCGAACAGAUUUCUCGAGGAACGCCUGGCCCGCACGAAACAGGAACUUUGCGAGCUCAGGGCCUCCCGGCCGGAGCUUGAGCAUCGCCUAAAGUCCGAAAGCAUGGUACGGGUCGCUAACGAAAGGAGCAAGCACCAAUUCCAACUGGCGGUGCAGGACGAAAAGCUGGAAUCGGUCAAGACAACCCAUCAGCUCCGUUGCCAGGAGCUUUGCGAAUCGGUCCUGGAUGCCAACUUCGAACUGGAUCGGCUGAGGGGGUGCCUCGGAGGGGACAACAACAAAGCCACCUCCACUCCACCGAGCAGCCCUUCCCGCCGGAGGAGGGCUGGCACCGCCAAGACCACCAUAGGCAGCACGCCCGAACGAGCCCAGUGGUGGAGGACAACAGGCGGCACCGUGCUGCUUGUGUGUGGGCUCGCUAUGGUGAUCGCCAUGGCACUGUUCGUCGACGGCAAUGGCCAUCGAGCAGCCGGGAAGAUGCGCUCGCACUCCGUGCCGAGCGCCGGGCUUUCGAUGGAAUUCGUUCCCUCGUCGGAAUCUGCCUCACUUCGCGAAAGCAUCGAUUCUGCCCCAAAGGCACUUCCCUACAGCCGAAUCCUUGCUCUGGAGGACAGCGCGGCAAUUUCGAACGAUCUCUUGGCACCGAUAGCCGUCCACGCCAUCGGUGUGGGAAGCACCGCAUCGCCAGACGAAACAACCAACAAGAGCCAAGGAUUUGACACCAUUGUUAGGAAAGAGCUAUCCGUAAAUAGAAGCAUCAGCAGCAGAGGGACAUCAUCCCGCGAAGUAAUCGAAGACGGACCCGUCGUUGCUACCAGAAAUCCAGUUGAUGUUGUUUCCACUGACUGCCCUCUGCCCAUUGCUCUGGGAACGGAGGGAAGGUUAGGCAACACGUGCCUCGGGCCCACUGUCGAGCGAAAGCGGCGCUUUCCCGGGCCCAAUGAAUUCGCAGCAUCCGUUGCUCGCCUUGUCUUGGACGGAACGACACUCGGAACGAUUAAUCGUAGGGAAUGAACGGCCGUUCCUGGAUUGGUUAGGUAGUUUGUUUUGAUCAAUUGAGUCCACAUUGCACAACACGCAAUCGAAUCGAAGUCACAUGAUGCGAUAACGGAAACGUGGGAGUAGCUCAUUGAAAUUUAUACAGAAGGGGGUGUUGUCUGUUGGAACGAAGCAAUCACGAGACUCAUUUGUCGAAUCCAAAAACGUCAAUCACACACUUAUGCUACAAGUGAUCUCAACUGAAGGUGUAGUCUUUUUCCCUCGUUCACAUUACAUUAAAGAAUGGAUUCUGGCUUACCAAUGCUUCGAUAUGGUUGUACGGUAUCACAGCGGGACCGUACUUUUUACAACACAAUUAGACAAUCUCGGAACGCUCUAGAAAGAACCAAAUUCUGGUAAUCCGCCGACUAUCGAAUAGAAUAUAACUCAGUCA